CAUUGAACAACUGACUAAAAAACAAAAGCAGAAUUUUAAAAAUAUUAGAAAACAAAUGAGUGAACAAGAUAACAAAAUAAAGGAGCUGAACCAAGAAAUUGAAAGUUUAAAAGAAAAGGAAACCAAGUCAAACAAAACACUAGAAAAUCUGUCUAUAGAUAUGAAGGAAUAUGAGACUAGCGUACACAAAAUAAAUAAAGAAAAGCAAGAUCACGCAGACAAAACAGACAGUAUAACUCAAGAAAUGAAAAGACAUUCUGAUAAGAUGUCUACCCUACAAGAAGAGCUUUCUAAAAACAUGCUGAAUACAUCAACUCAAUUAGAAAAGCACAGUGUUAUGUACAAAUUCCUACAACAGAGAUUGAUGCCCAUUGACAAACUGAUUCAAAUCUUUAACCAGAACUUGGAAAAUAGGAAAGAGCGAAUAAAUAAGCUGGGUGAACUUGAAAAUAAUAUUUCCAAGUUGUUCAACAACUUUCAUCUCAUCGAGUCAUGUGUAGGUCACAGAUAUGCUUGUCAUGUGACGCUUGAUCUCGCACCCGUCAGUGUUGGAUUAAUUAUUUCAAGAAUCUGGGAUGUACGUGAAUAUAACGGUAAACAUUUUAAUCGAACAACAGGAAAAUUUGUAUCACCGCAUGAUGGCUUAUAUCUCAUCUGUGUCAGUCUAAAUGAAAGGGAAGAUACACAGAUUGGAGUUGGUGUGAUGGCUGGAGGCAGGUGCUGUAAGUCUGUAGAAGUGAAAUGUGCCGCCACUAACGCUGCUGGGUCAGUGGUUGUUGACAUGAAGAAAGGUCAAGAACUUUACUUUAAAGUGAUUCAAGCAGAUCAAGACGCAAAGUUAUCCUGCUACAGUAGUUUUACUAUCGCUAGUUUAUAGGAGUACAACACAAAACAUGGUGGAUGGUAAAUUCUCAAAACAAUAAAACAUGUAACCAACAUGUUAAGCACACGCUAACAACUUACUACAUGUCCAUAAACAUUUAAUGGUUUGUAUGUUGUUUUUUUUAGUCAUCAUUACACAGUUCCAACUAAUUCAAUGUGAUCACCAAUUAAUAUGUUGUACGUGACCACAAUAAACAUAUCUUUCUUCUUCUUCGUUCUUAAUUUUUAGUGUUGGGAGGAAUCGCGCCUUAUCUGCCAGAGGGUUUGAACUCGAGACUUUUUUCGAAUUUAUCAACCAUGAGCUUUUCCGACUCGACCAUGCUUCCAUCACAAUUAAGGAUAACGUGUCAAUGGGUUAUGCGCCAUUGAGGCCAUUGACUCCGAUUUCAGCCUGCUUUUCUUUUUGGGUUUGCUUCCAUAGCCUUUGUCCAACCAAGAACAAACUACAAGGCAGCAGUUGUUUGAUUUUGGACCCCUAAUAAACAUAUGAGAUACACCUG